AUGCUUUCAGAUACCAGGGAGACUGGCUUCGUGAACGCCAUCACCGCCGCUGGAGUUACUUAUGCGGUUACCAGGGCCUGUACCAUGGGUGACCUUGUGGAAUGUUCAUGCGAUAAGAUGACGACGAAGGGAAAUAAUCGAUUGGGCAAACUCGCGCUAACCGCCGACGUUAAGAAGAAUCUUUUGACAGAGGGUGAAUGGGAAUGGGGUGGAUGCGGUGACAACGUCAAUUUUGGUUUUCGAAAGUCGAAGGAUUUCAUGGACGCGCCUUAUAGGAAACGCAGCGACAUCAAAACCUUGGUCAAACUUCACAACAAUGCAGCUGGACGUUUGGCGGUGAGGAACUUCAUGACGAUCGAAUGCAAGUGCCACGGGCUGUCGGGCUCGUGCAGCGUGCGCACCUGUUGGCGAAAGAUGCCGUCCUUUCGCGAGGUCGGCAAUCGUCUGAAGGAGUCGUUCGACGGGGCGGCCAAGGUGAUACCGAGCAACGACGGGCACAGCUUCAUCACCGAGGGCCCGACCAUCAAGCCACCCGGUAGAUUCGAUCUGAUUUAUAGCGAGGACUCACCGGAUUUCUGCAAGCCCAAUCGUAAAACGGGAUCUCUCGGUACUGUCGGUCGCCGAUGCAAUUCUUCGAGUCCUGGCGUAGAAGGUUGCGAACUUUUAUGUUGCGGUAGAGGAUACGAUACGAGGAUAGUCAAGGAAAAGGUCAAUUGUCAAUGUAGGUUCAGAUAUUGUUGCGAGGUCACUUGCGAAACUUGUCUCGUAAAGACUACCGUAAAUACUUGUCGUUAAUGAUAUUCCUUUUAUUAUUAUUAUUCCCCUCCUACUCCUCUUCUCGU